AUGAAGCUGCUCACCCACAAUUUGCUGAGCUCGCAUGUGCGAGGGGUGGGACCCCGUGGAUUCCCGCUGCGUCUCCAGGCUACGGAGGUCCGCGUCAUCCCGGUGGAGUUCAACCCGGACUUCGUGGCUCGUAUGAUACCCAAAGUGGAGUGGGCGGCGCUUUUGGAGGCGGCCGAUCAUUUGCGUCUGGUUGAGGUGCCCAAAGAGCCGAUUCAGGGGUAUGAGCAAGAUGAGACGUUUCUGAGGAAGAUGCACCACGUGCUGCUGGAGGUGGAGGUGGUGGAGGGCACCCUGCAGUGCCCAGAGUCUGGACGUGUGUUCCCCAUCACCCGCGGAAUCCCCAACAUGCUGCUGAAUGAGGAGGAAACCGAGACGUAA